AUGCCUCCCUUGCAAUCGCUCAUGGCGCCUCGCGCACGGGGGUCUCGCAAAGCUGCUCGAGGACCUAAAACCCCAGAGCCCUUCGCGACGACUGACGUUCGGCCCCCUUCUCCUCCGCGACCGCGAUUUCGACUUAGACGGCGGGCUCCCUCGUCUAAUCUCAAGGCUCCCACUCAGCAAUUCCUCGCGUCCGUCGCGACAGCAGACGUACCCAUUCCAAGCAUUGAAGAGCCUCGUUUGGUCGACGAAGACAUGGUGGAUACGCUCAGCACCAAUUUCCCUCGACACAGCCCUCACCACUUUGAAUUUUCCGACGAAGGCGACCUGCCUCGCGGAAGGCCAUCCUCACUUCCCAAGACUCCCGCUCCUCACGCGGUUCCAUCGCUGUCACCAAAGCGAUUUCCUGACUGGUCGCUUGACCAGGCCUACAGUAGCCUCGAGUCGAGCCCAGAAUGCGACAGCCGGCCGUCGACGGCGCAGUCGACGCAGACGAGCAGCUCGCUCUUCAGCCGGUAUUCGCUGAAUUCGGACAGCUUCAGCCAGUACAGCAUUGAUCCCGACGACAUUGACCAAUUCAAUGGCGACGUGUCAAUUGAAGACGCGAACAAGACCAUCAAACCUAUCCGCGCUGCUCCUGCAGCAGCCUCAAAACGGCGUGCGCGCAAGGCGCCCUGGACCAGAUCAAUGACCCAGCACCUCUGGUCCGUAUACAUGACCUACCUACAGGAUCCCCACGUCACCCCAUUUCACAUCAGCAAGAGCGGUAUCCCUCCCGAUGGCGUGUGCAUGCGCGUCGCCAGAGAAGCCAAGCGCAGCUGGAAAGGCCCCAAGUCGCAGCAGGUGAAGAAGAAGGCCGCCGCCGAGCACAGCGGAAGCGCGACACCCACCGAGGCAACGGCGCCGGCGACGUCUUACCUGCAGUGGCCGCACAGCUGCGCGGCUACUCGCGCCCAUCUGAGAGAGCUCUGCAAAGCUAGUGCGACCAGCGCUGCACGCAAUCAUCAUUACAUGGGGGCCCGUAACCCUACGCCGUUUGGCAGGACCGCCAAUCGCGCUUGGAACCACCGCAUGGCGCCGCCGUCCCGCUCCCAGUCGGCCUUCUCUGGCAACGACAUGGCCCUGUCCCUGGCGGUCAGCACGUGUGAAUCGAUGCAGCCUCACGGGCCGCUGGCCCGGCUGACGGGAUCUCAGGAUCAGCAGCUGCCGCCGCCUCUCGGGCUCUGCGCACCGCCGGCCUUGAUCGAGGCGGCUGUCCCUGCGCCAGGCACGGGAGCUGCCGGUGCGGACAUUACCCGGCUGGGCUCGCCCUUCGUGGCUCGGAGCUACGGUCCCAGCUCUUCCAACUCGCUUGCAGACAACUUCGGCAUGAGCUUGGAGCCACAGAGGCUAAGCAAUUCUGUGGGGACUCGAAGGCGUAGCUUGGGAUCGCCGGCCAUCAUCAGCAGCAGCGGCAGCAGCAAUGGCAGCAACCACUAUAAUAUCAACUACAACAACAGUAGCAACGACUACAGCAACAACAGCCGGGGCAGCAGCAACAACCAAAAGCGCAGAUCCAAGCAGCUCUCUGCCGCCGUCGAGCCCAGGAGGAAGCGUCCCAGUCUGGGUUCGGACUUUUGGGUUGAUCCAUCCAACAACGGGGCUGCCUCAACUCAAGCCACGCCAUCUGCCGAGUUUAGCUCCACCACCGCGACCCAGCGAGAUGCACUGUUCAUCCCCCGGGCCAAUCUGCAAGAGCUCUUCGAGGCAUCUCAUCCCGCGGCCGCGGCCUCGGCCUCAUCUCCACCUUCCUCCUCGCCUCCUCCCACUCUCGGCCCCGGCAGCGACAAACCCAUCAUCGCCGCACCGUCAUCCCUUCUGGCUCCUCCUCCUCUCGCUGAUCAGCCCGCCAGACUUGGCUCUCCGUUCUCCGCCGCAAAGUCAAGCUUCUCCUUCCCGGGCCGGCGGUCCAACAGUAUCUCCGCCAUCGACUUCAGCAUCAUUCGCAGGCCCUUUGCCACCGUCCAGCCUGUCCAGCAGCCCCAACCCCAGCCCGCAGAAUCCGAGACUACACCAACCAGGUCGUCUCUGCGGAGUCGUCUUGCUUAUAUCGACGAGCGGAUCAAAGACUUUCGCCGCCGCGACCAGACUCGCCGGCGAUCUCAGUCACCACCCUUUUAA